AUGCUCCCGGUUGAGCCAAGUGGUUUAGCCGCCCUAAAAACACCCCCCCAAGGAGUGAUCAAUGUGAUCCAUGGUGUCGUUAAGCCAGCGCAGGUUUGCAAGCUCAGAGGAAUGAUCAAAAAAGUGGAACAUAUGAGGGAAGUCCUGUCAGUCCAGCCCGCAGUCAAAAGAGGCAAGACCAAGGAGAAAAAUAUGUUCAGCUUCUUAAGUAGGGAUAUUGAGCGCAUUCAAACCCCACACAAUGACGCUCUGGUGGUCACCAUUCGCGUCAGGGACUUUGAUGUCAAGCGCAUUUUGAUUGACCAAGGUAGCUUGGUCGAGAUCAUAUACUACGACGCCUUUAAGCAGCUCAAACUCAAAGAUGCAGACUUGGCUCCGAUAACUUCGCCACUGGUUGGUUUCAACUCACAACUGGAGUGGCCUAUGGAAAAGAUAAUCCUACCGGUCAAAGUCGAUCCGUGGUGA